AGGUCACUUGAAUCUAGUAAAGUCAAUUAUCUUAAGCGCGUUUUAAAUGAAUUGUUUAUACCAUUUGCCUCCCCUGAGUGAACCUUAAUUCGAAUCCCCAGAAUCUCUCUAACCAUUUCUCAAAAUUUUAAGCAUAUUUCUAAUGAUUUCCCUCGCAGUUUUCCAUUAAGGUGUUUAAUUAUUUGGUAUUUGAAGAUAUCGAUAUGAAGAAAUCCUAGCCUCAGUAUUUGAUAAACCAAGCUAGAGCUGCAGAAAUCAAAAGUUUGUCUCUUCUACCGGGCUCUACAUUCUUGAUGAUGUCUCAAGAAUUGAAUUUAGAGGAAGGCAUAACAAGGCAAUUUUCCCGAGCCGUUUCCAGAAAUUUUCAAAGAGGUACAAAAUCUACUAUUGAAAUUAAGGGGGUUAGGAGCAUUAGAGAACUGCCACAAUCUUGUUAUCACUUACUGGCUGAGGGCUUGCUGUAUGCGAAGAAAACCCUUGAUCCACGCAAGCCAAUUGGGUUCUGGGUUUCUCUUAUCUCGUGUGUAAUUGCAAUCUCUGUGGAUCCUUUAUUCUUCUACGUCACUGUCCUCGAUACUCGAGAGAAGUGCCUUGGGUUUGAUAGAAAGUUGCGCAUUUCGGCUAUUGUGCUCUACGCAUUCUUCGGUUUCUUUUAUAUGACCUAUGUUAACUUUCUGCUGCCUACUUCUUUAAUAAAAAAUAAAGCUAAACCUUACUUAUUACGCUUCUCCAUAAUUGACUUUCUUGUCCUUUUCCCAAUCCCACUGGUGCUACUCACUUUAGUUAUCGAGAUUACAAAAAUGAGAGUCGAGAUAUUCUUGUUUCCAAUAAGCGUAUUCCUAUUCCAGUAUUUGCUGAGGGUUAUUCGUGUCUCAGUAUUGUUUACUGAAGCUAUCAAGACUUCAGGCAUUCUUGCCGAAGCUAAAUGGACCAAAGCUGCCUUCAACCUUCUUCUGUACUUGCAAGGUGGUCAUGUGUUUGGAGGGUUAUGGUACUUUUUUGCUAUCGAAAGAGAGGUUGUAUAUUGGAAGGCAGCUUGCCGUCCUGACACUGGAUAUGUUAAUGGUUCUGUUUCUUUUUACUGUGAUGAUAGAUUCCUAUACAACGAAUUUCAAAAUGUGUCUUGUACUACACCAGAUUCAACAGUCUUUGAUUUCGGAAUAUUUGAUGAUGCUCUUCAGUCUGGUAUUGUAGAAAGGAAAUUUUUUCUAAUGAAGUUAUUCUAUUGUCUAAGAUGGGGGGUGCAAACUCUCAGUUGUUUUGGUCAAAACCUCAAACCAAGUACCUUUGUUCCAGAAAAUUUCUUGGUGAUAUGCAUUACCAUCUAUGCUGUGGUAGUUUUUGUCUUUUUAGUUGGAAAUAUGCAGACAUAUCUGCAAUCUGAAACAAUAAGAUCAGAGGAGCUGAGAUUGCAGGGACGUGAGACAGAGCAGUGGAUGUCCUUUUGGAAUCUCUCCGAAAAACUCCAAAAGGAGGCCAAGAAAUUUCAGCCUUACAAAGGGCUAGAAACCAAAAUUGUUCAUGCUGAAGAUUUGCUCAAUAAGUUUCCCAGGGACCUACAAAAGAACAUAAAGUGCGAACUCUGCUUAGAAUUGCUGAGAAAAGUAGGAGAGUUUGGAAAGUUGAGUGAAUCAGCAUUGGAGGACUUGUGUGAUCGUUUAAAGCCAGUUAGCUUUAAUAAGCAUACUCGCAUUGCUCGAGAAGGAGAUCCAGUUGAUGAGAUGCUCAUUAUUGUGCAAGGCAAGCUCCGGACCUACACUUCCAGGGAUAUAACAACAGGCUUUCCAACCACUGAUCGCAACAAUCGCAAAAAUAUUUUGUUGAAAGAUGGUGACGUAUGUGGAAAAGAACUUGUCACUUGGGUUCAUGCUGACCCAUACUCAUCCAGCCUCCCAAUCUCAACCACAACUAUUCUAGCGGUUGAGAACGUUGAAGCUUUCACUGUCAUGGUCGAAGAUUUGCAAAAUGUAUUUGCAAAAGAACAAGCAGUACAUUUCAUACAAUCAUUUUGGCGUUUUAAAAGGGUCUUACGUUCUAGGAAGAACAUACGAACAUCUACCUGAGGAGUGAACACCAACAACACAGUCUCAGCCGCGGAGUGGUUCAUGAUACCAUUUCUGAAGAACAUGAACAUAACAGAUAAGUUGUUAGAUAGAUAAAUAGCAAUAAUAAAGAUUCGUGUCAUGGCCUUUUUUCUUUUUUUCUCUUUAUUUAUUGAGUUGCACUGAUGAUCUAAGCUCUCUAUAAUGAUGCGCAGAGUUCUCAUUUCUUUUUGCUGGAGUAUUUCAGAUACUUUCUGGGCUGGAUUAACUCAUAUGAAUUUUAUUUAGCGGUUUCAUAUCAUCACUAUCUGCUCAAGCUCUAUUAUUUUAAUUUUAUUUUUAGUAAUUAAUGGGUAAAAGAGAAUCUAAAUCUAUUACCAAUCUAAUGUACUUUGAUGUGUCCUACAAUAACAAGUUCUAUACAGCCAGGGGAGGUAACUGGUAAACGAUGAUUUUAUGAAUUGUGAGGGCAAGACCCUAAGAUUUCACUGCUGAUUUUAUGAAAUGUGAGUCGAAGUCUCUUUUGUUUUUUGAGUCAACAGUUCACUUGGACAGACUCCUUAGGUUAUUUUAUUGAAGAUUUUCUACCUAUUAUCUGCUAUGCUGUAAACCUCCUUCAGGAACUGAA